UGGCGGGCGGGGCUCAGGGCCGCAUAGCGAUUGCUGCAGCCUCAGACCGGGCAGGCCGAGCAGGUGCCCGCCCAGUGCCCCGCGCCCCGUGUCCCCAGCCUCUCGCGCCCCCGCCGCACCGACCGCGCCCUGCAGGGGCCUCGCGCACGCCGGGCCGGCGAUGAGCGCGCGGAGCCGCCAUGAGCGCAGACAGCAGCCCUCUCGUGGGCAGCCCGGCCGCCAGCUAUGGGACCCUGAUGAUAGGGACGUCAAUCGGUCCCCUCAGCUCCUCAGCUUCAUCCGUGAGGCUCAGCGGCUACUGUGGCAGUCCCUGGAGGGCCAUAGGCUAUCACGCCGUGGUCUGGGUGCUGGCUGGGAUCCCCUUGCUGCUUUUCCGCUGGAAGCCCUCGUGGGGGGUGCGGCUGCGGUCGAGGCCCUGCAGCCUGGCCCACGCCGAAACACUCGUCAUCGAAACAAGAGACAAAGAGGAUAGCUCGUGGCAGCUCUUCACCGUCCAGGUGCAGACUGAGGCCGUCGUCGAGGGCAGCCUGGAGCUGCCCCUGCAGGCAGAGGAUGGGCGUAGCAAGAUGGCCCUGGGGGCAGUGCCUGAGACUCCGUGGAAGGACACAGCCCGGCUCCACAGGAGGGAGGAGGCAGGCCGCCUUCCACUGGCCUUCCUCUCCCCCCAGAAGCAGGUGGUUCGGUAUUACCUCUUCCAGGGCAGGCGCUACGUCUGGAUCGAGACCCAGCAAGCCUUCCUUCAAGUCAGCCUGCUGGGCCACGGCCACACCUGUGACGACAUCCACAGCUCCCGCUCCGGCCUGAGCCUCCCAGACCAAACUAUGAGGAAGACAAUUUUCGGCCCCAACGUGAUCAGCAUACCAGUCAAGUCCUACCCACAGCUCCUAGUGGACGAGGUACUGAACCCGUACUAUGGGUUCCAGGCCUUUAGCAUCGGACUGUGGCUGGCCGACCACUACUACUGGUAUGCCCUGUGCAUCUUCCUCAUCUCUGCCAUCUCCAUCUGCCUGUCCAUGCUCAAGACCAGAAAACAAAGCCAGACCCUGAAGGACAUGGUCAAGCUGUCAGUGCGAGUGCGUGUGUGCCGGCCUGGGGAAGGGGAGGAGUGGGUCGACUCCAGCAAGCUGGUGCCGGGAGACUGCCUGGUGCUGCCCCCAGAAGGUGGGCUGAUGCCCUGUGAUGCUGCCCUGGUGGCCGGCGAGUGCAUGGUCAAUGAGAGCUGUCUCACAGGGGAGAGCGUCCCAGUGCUGAAGACAGCCCUCCCAGAAGGGCCUAGGCCGUACUGCCCAGAGAGUCAUCGGCGGCACACGCUCUUCUGCGGGACCCUCGUCCUGCAGGCCCGGGCCUACGGGGGACCCCAUGUCCUGGCGGUGGUGACCCAGACAGGGUUCUGCACAGCUAAAGGGGGCCUGGUGAGCUCCAUCCUGCAUCCCCGGCCCAUCAACUUCAAGUUCUAUAAGCACAGCAUGAAGUUUGUGGCCGCCCUAUCUGUCCUGGCUCUGCUCGGCACCAUCUAUAGCAUCUUCAUUCUCCAUCACAACCGGGUGCCUGUGAAUGAGAUCGUGAUCCGGGCCCUGGACCUGGUGACCGUGGUGGUGCCGCCCGCCCUGCCGGCUGCCAUGACUGUGUGCACGCUCUACGCCCAGAGCCGCCUGCAGGCACAGGGCAUCUUCUGCAUCCACCCGCUGCGCAUCAACCUGGGGGGCAAGCUGCGGCUCGUGUGCUUCGACAAGACUGGCACCCUCACUGAGAAUGGCUUGGAUGUGAUGGGGGUGGUGCCCCUGAAGGGCCAGGCAUUCCUUCCACUGGUCCCAGAGCCCCGCUGCCUGCCCAUGGGCCCCCUGCUACGAGCACUGGCCACCUGCCAUGCCCUCAGCUGGCUCCAGGACACCCCAGUGGGUGACCCCAUGGACCUCAAGAUGGUGGAGUCUACUGGCUGGGUCCUGGAAGAGGAGCCAGCUGCAGAUGCAGCACUCGGGACCCCAGUCUUGGCAGUGAUGAGACCCCCACCUUGGGAGCCCCAGACACAAGGAACAGAGCCCCAUGUGCCCCUCGGAGUCCUUGGCCGCUUCCCCUUCUCCUCCAGCCUACAGCGCAUGGGUGUGGUGGUGGCAUGGCCCGGGGCCGCUCAGCCCGAGGCCUACAUCAAGGGCUCUCCAGAGCUGGUGGCCAGCCUCUGCAGCCCCGACACAGUGCCUGCUGACUUCUCGAAGACACUGCAGAGCUACACAGCUGCUGGCUACCGUGUGGUGGCUCUGGCCUGCAAGCCACUGUCCAUCGCCCCCAGCAUGGAGGCUGUCCAGCAGCUGUCAAGGGACACUGCAGAGCAGGACCUGAGCUUCCUAGGGCUGCUGGUCAUGAGGAACCUGUUGAAGCCACAGACAACACGGGUGAUCCAGGCUCUGCGGAGGACGUGCAUCCGCACUGUCAUGGUGACAGGGGACAACCUGCAGACGGCCGUCACUGUGGCCCGGGGCUGCGGCAUGGUGGCCCCCCGGGAGCGUCUGGUCAUCAUACAUGCUACCUACCCUGAGCAGGGUCGGCCUGCCUCCCUUGAGUUCCUGCCCACGGAAUGCCCUACCGCUGUGAACGGAGCAAAGGAUCCUGACAAGGCUGCAAGCUACACCAUGGAGCCAGACCCCCAGUCCAGCCACCUGGCCCUCAGCGGGUCCACCUUUGGUGUCCUUAUGAAGCACUUCCCCAAGCUGCUGCCCAAGGUCCUGGUACAGGCCACCGUCUUUGCCCGAAUGGCUCCUGAACAGAAGACAGAGCUGGUGUGCGAGCUGCAGAGGCUUCAGUAUUGCGUGGGCAUGUGCGGGGACGGUGCCAAUGACUGCGGGGCCCUAAAGGCAGCCGACGUGGGCAUCUCACUGUCCCAGGCCGAGGCCUCAGUGGUUUCUCCCUUCACCUCGAGCAUGCCCAGUAUUGAGUGUGUGCCCAUGGUCAUUAGGGAAGGCCGCUGCUCCCUGGACACAUCAUUCAGCAUGUUCAAGUACAUGGCCCUGUACAGCCUGACCCAGUUCGUCUCAGUCCUGAUCCUCUACACGAUCAACACCAACCUGGGUGACCUGCAGUUCCUGGCCAUUGACCUGGUCAUCACCACUACGGUGGCCGUGCUCAUGAGCCGAACACAGCCAGCGCUGGCACUGGGGCGAGCACGGCCACCAGGGGCCCUGCUCAGCGUGCCUGUGCUGAGCACCUUGCUGCUGCAGAUGGCCCUGGUGGCCGGCGUACAGCUGGGAGGUUACUUCCUGGUGGUGGCCCAGCCCUGGUUCGUGCCUCUGAAUAAGACUGUCCCGGCGCCCGACAACCUACCCAACUAUGAAAACACGGUGGUCUUCUCAUUGUCCAGCUUCCAGUACCUCAUCCUGGCUGCUGCUGUGUCCAAGGGGGCACCCUUCCGCCAGCCGCUCUACACCAACGUGCCCUUCCUGGUGGCCCUCGUGCUCUUGGGCUCUGUCCUGGUGGGCCUCAUCCUGGUCCCCGGCCUCCUGCAGGGGCCGCUAGGGCUGAGGAACAUCGCAGACACCUGCUUCAAGCUGCUGCUACUGGGCCUGGCUGCCUGCAACUUUGUGGGGGCCUUCAUGCUAGAGGUGGGGUGCAGACCAAGGCUGGGAGGAAAGGAGGGACAGAGGGAUCUGGGGCUCAGGCUCGGCCCCAGCUGCCCCUCCACUCCCCACUCCCUCUGCAGAGUGUGUUGGACCAGUGUCUUCCAGCCUGCCUGCAGCAGCUCCGGCCCAAACGGGCCUCCAAGAAGCGCUUCAAGCAGCUGGAACAGGAGCUCGCUGAGCAGCCCUGGCCGCCGCUGCCCACUGCUGGUGCUGUGAGGUAGCACAGGCUUGGCUGGUGGGCACCCUGGACACUGGACCUCCCUGCCUCUGAGCCACCAAGUGGACCGUCUCUAGAGAGACCACCGCUGUCGCCUCCUGCAGCCCUGAGGUUGGCUUUUGUCACGCUCCUGCCCUGAGACUGCCUGGUCCAGCCUUCCUGCACCCCAUCCUGAGGAAGUGCUGACUACUGUCCCCCACUUUAGAUCAUGCCAUGUAGAAAAGGCAGCCACCAACUCCACUCGGAGCUUGUCAACGUAGCAAAUAAAGUCAAGAUAUUUUCCUGGUUCA